CCUCACCGCCCGCUCCUUCCUCCCUCUAUCUUCACAUCCAAAACAAAAGCCAACAAACACAAUUUAACAAAAAAAAAUAUUGUUUUUUCUUUGGGACAAAACAAAAAAAAAAUUAAUAUAAUUUUUUUGGAAAUAUUGAAAAGAGCAAACGGAAAGAAAAGAAAGAAGAAAAGAAGAUAUAAAGUUGUGCAACGAACCCUACCUUCUAUGUUGUAUUGUGGUGUUUGUUGUCUUUCUACUCCUCUUUCAAAGUAAAAAUCACUUCAUUAAUCUCUCUACUUGCUUCUUCUCCGUCUGCUCUUGUUGUUUUGCUUUUCGUAUAUGUAUUGAAGAUUUAAUGGCUUCAAGUGCUUCAAAGUUCAUAAAAUGCGUGACUGUUGGAGAUGGCGCCGUUGGCAAAACCUGUAUGCUCAUCUGCUACACCAGCAACAAAUUCCCUACCGACUACAUACCAACAGUUUUUGACAACUUUAGCGCAAACGUUGUAGUUGAAGGCACCACUGUUAAUCUAGGACUAUGGGAUACUGCUGGGCAAGAAGACUAUAACAGAUUGAGGCCUUUAAGUUACAGAGGAGCAGAUGUUUUCGUCUUGUCUUUCUCAUUGGUCAGCCGAGCUAGCUACGAGAAUGUUUUCAAAAAGUGGAUCCCUGAGCUCCAACACUUUGCCCCAGGAGUUCCUUUGGUCCUUGUUGGUACUAAAUUAGAUCUCCGUGAAGAUAAGCAUUAUUUGGCUGACCAUCCUGGACUAUCCCCUGUAACCACGGCACAGGGAGAGGAACUGCGUAAGCUAAUUGGUGCAACAUAUUACAUUGAAUGUAGCUCAAAAACUCAACAGAACGUGAAAGCAGUUUUUGAUUCUGCAAUCAAGGAAGUGAUCAAACCUGUGGUUAAACAAAAGGAGAAGACUAAGAAAAACAAGAAGCAAAAGUCAACUCACGGAUGUUUAUCAAACAUUCUGUGUGGAAGGAUGGUGACUCGGCAUUGAUGAUGUUGGUCUUAAAUUUCACUUUUGAGUUUGUGUGAUAAGUGAGAGACAUAUAUAUAUAGAUGUAGUCGUGGAAGAAAGAUUAUUAGUCUCUAAUCAAUCAAAAUAGUUUACAUUGAAGAGAGAAACAGAGAGAGUAGAGAGCUUAAGAUUAUUGUUAACUCAAUUAAAGUUCAUUUGUUUCAAACCUGUUAUUGCAAUAUAUUAGUCAGUCCAUUGUAACAAACUUAGGCUAAACACUCUUUUAUCUU